AUGGCUGCAAUCAGAAAGAAACUGGUGAUAGUCGGCGAUGGAGCCUGUGGCAAGACCUGUCUCCUCAUAGUGUUCAGCAAAGACCAGUUCCCUGAGGUGUACGUGCCCACUGUGUUUGAGAACUAUGUUGCAGAUAUUGAGGUGGAUGGUAAACAGGUGGAGCUGGCCCUGUGGGACACCGCGGGUCAGGAGGACUACGACCGCCUGAGGCCUCUCUCCUACCCAGACACAGACGUCAUCCUCAUGUGUUUCUCCGUCGACAGCCCCGACAGUUUGGAGAACAUUCCAGAGAAGUGGACUCCCGAGGUCAAGCACUUCUGUCCCAACGUGCCCAUUAUUCUCGUGGGGAACAAGAAAGACCUGAGGAACGACGAGCAUACACGUCGAGAGCUGGCCAAGAUGAAACAGGAGCCGGUGAAGCUGGACGAGGCGAGGGACAUGGCUAACCGCAUCAGCGCCUUCGGCUACCUGGAGUGCUCGGCCAAGACGAAGGACGGCGUGCGGGAGGUGUUCGAGAUGGCCACCAGGGCGGCGCUGCAGGCCAAGAGGCGAGGCAAGAAGGGCGGCUGCCUCCUGCUAUAGAGGGUCAGCUCACACGGGAUUGGG